AUAAGGCCAUGGAAGGGUCUAGGCAGACACGGAUCUCGAGACCACACAAGAUCAGUGAGUCUUCAAAGCUGUACAGAUGGACAGAUAACUCCAGCCAAAUUCUUCGUGGCUUGAAUGAACAAAGACAAAGAGGUCACUUCUGUGACAUAAUUUUGGUUGCCGACGACCAGAAAGUGCCAGCCCACAGAAGUCUUCUGGCUGCGUGUAGUGACUACUUCAAUUCUAUGUUCACCAUUGGCAUGAAGGAGGCUCAUCAGAAGGAGGUGGAAUUGGUGGGCGCCUCGUAUAUAGGCCUCAAAGCUGUCAUUGACUUUUUGUAUAACAGUGAUUUGUCACUGGACGGAGGGAACAUCGAUUAUGUCUUGGAGACGGCUCAUCUCUUGCAGCUUUGGAAAGUGGUGGACUUCUGCUGUGAGUACUUGGAAAAUGAGGUUAAUGAAGAUAACUAUCUCUAUCUCCAGGAGCUGGCUUCCAUUUAUAGUCUAGAACGUCUGGGUUCAUACAUCGACACUUUUGUUCUACGUAAUUAUGGCACACUUUCCUUCACAACUGACUUCUUGCAAAAUGUCUCUGGCCAGAAAUUAUGCCAGUACUUAACGAGCAACCAAGUGCAGCAUGUCAGUGAACACGACCUUUUGCAAUCUGCCCUUCAGUGGCUGACCCAUUGCCCUGACAGGGAAAGCCAAGCGUACCAGGUCCUCCAGAACAUUCGCUUCCAGCUGAUUCCUAAAAGUGAUCUUCUACAUCGAGUAAAGCCUGCAAUAUGCUCUCUCCUCCAAAAAGAGGCAAAUUGCCAGAGCUUGGUGGAGGAAGCUCUCCAUUACCAUAACAGUGUUGCGGCACAGCCAUUGCUCCAGAACACACGCAACACUCUCCGCACAGGUAUCGAAAGGCUACUUUUUGUUGGUGGGGAAGUCUCCGAACACUGCCUGGAGCUCAGUGAUGAUGUCUGCAGCAUGGACACCAAGAAGGAGCAGUGGCUGUCUGAGACACAGCUUCCGGCCCGAAGAAGUCACCACUGCGUAACAGCUCUAGGCAACUUCAUCUAUGUCGCCGGAGGAAGUUUCUCAAGGGACAAUGGUGGAGACGCCGCCUCUAGUCUUCUCUACAGGUAUGAUCCCCGCUGGAGUCAGUGGAUCAAGGUUGCAUCCAUGAACCAACACCGAGUGGACUUCUAUUUGGCUUCGGUGGCUGAUAAACUGGUUGCGGUGGGGGGACGGAAUGAAAACGGGGCCAUGUCUUCAGUUGAAUCCUACUGCCCUCAGCAGGACACCUGGACCUAUGUGUCGGAGCUGCCAAGGUUCACCUACGGCCACGCUGGAACUGUACACAAGGAGUUUAUCUACAUCUCAGGAGGGCAUGACUAUCAGAUCGGGCCUUACAGGAAAAACAUGCUUUGCUAUGAUCAUCGUGCAGAUGCUUGGGAGGAGAGGAGGCCUAUGAUCACUUCCAGAGGCUGGCACAGCAUGUGCACACUAGAUGACAGUAUUUACGCUAUAGGGGGCAGCGAUGAUAACUUGGAAUCUAUGGAGCGUUUUGAUAUACUGAGCGUGGAGUGCUACAGCCCCCAGUGUAACCAAUGGACGCGAAUAUCCCCCUUGCUGCAGCCUAACAGCGAAUCUGGGGUGGCCGUCUUGGACGGCAAGAUAUACAUCCUAGGAGGGUACAGCUGGGAGAACACUGCAUUUUCCAGAACCGUGCAACUGUAUGACAAGGAGAAAAAUAAAUGGUCCAGGGGAACUGACUUGCCCAAAGCGAUUGCCGGCGUGUCUGCUUGUGUCUGCGUCCUGAAGUCUGGGUCGGAAGACAGAAACAAGAAGACCAAGACAAAAAGGCACUCGGACAGGGGCUGGUGAUCUGGCAGCUGGGGUGGAAUAAAACCUUUACUCCGAGCGUAGAGGUCAACUGAUCAUCCAGAAACCUGCCGGCUUUCCCUUUAUAAAGUCAUUCACAAAGGAUACAUGACAUCGAAGUACUGCGCUCCACUUAGUGUGCUAAUUAGUAUACUGAUAUUAAAAGGUCGCAUACUAUUAAAAACGGCACGCAAGACAAAUUCAUUUAUAGCAAACCAUUUUUAUGAUUUUAACACACUUUGAUGUUUUUUUUCCUGUUACGCUCAUAGAGCAAAAGUGAUG